AUGUGCGUUCACGCUCAGGGGCAGCGAAGCGUGUAUCUCGCCUCGCUCGCAGCCAGCCACUCCGGCCGCUUCGCGCCGUCUCGCUCGUGCUUAGGGAGACGACGCACUAAGAUCGCGUGCGCUGCCUCGCUCGCACUAAGGGUGUGUUGCCGUCUAACCAGCGCAUGCUGUCUCACUUGCAAUGUAGUGGGCGUCACC